UAAUCAGAAAUGUGUUUGUUUUUUUCGCAUUUUAAAUUCUAAAUAAAAAUAUAAAUAAAUAAAUUUUUCUUCGUCUCCGAUAUUCUGCAGAUAAAUUCUUUAAUAAUUUGGAGAAAAUUCAAUUGUUAUUUUUUUCUGUUAAAAUUUUUUUUUAUUCCAACAAGAAAAAAACAGAUUGGAACACACAAUUUUUUUACACAAUUGUAAAACAGCUGUUUAUAACCUGUGUUAGCCACGGGAUAAUUCGAAACAAAAAUGGUCAAACUAUAUCAUAUUGGUGUCCUAUAUAAACGUGAAAAUAAUUCAAUCAUAUGUUUACGACAUGCAUCUGAUCUAUCUACAUUUGGUUUUUUUCAACGUAAUAGUGUUGGUGAAUUUAUGCGUUUUACGGCCAAAAUGAUUGUCGAACGUUGUGAAUUGGCAACAAGAUCAUCACUACAACAGCAAGAAUAUCUAUGUCAUUGUUAUAUAAGAUCUGAUCGUUUGGCUGGUAUUGUCAUAUCGGAUAAUGAAUAUCCAAAUCGUGUUGCACAUACAUUAUUAUCGAAAAUAUUGGAAGAAUUUACACAAUCGGUGCCAUCAAUACGAUGGCCAACAAUGCAAGAAGGUCAGGCACCAUACACAAAAUUGGAUCAAUAUCUGGCACGUUUUCAAAAUCCAAAAGAAGCCGAUGCAAUGACAAAAUUACAGACAGAAAUUGAUGAAACAAAAAUCAUAUUACAUGAUGCUAUAACCGGUAUAUUGGAACGUGGUGAAAAAUUGGACAAUUUGGUGGAAAAAUCUGAAGAAUUAUCAACACAAUCGAAAUUGUUUUAUAAAACUGCCCGUAAAACAAAUCAAUGUUGUCAAUAUUAUUGACAACACAGACAUCAACAUCUGAUGACACAACCAUGCGUGUUUAUAUAUUUUGAUGAUGAUGAUGAUUGUUUUUUUUGUUUUUGAUUAUUGAUUGACUGAUGGAUUGAUUGUUUCUUUCUCCUGAAUUCUGCAUG